AUGAGGGAUUUGGCAUUCGCCUAUGAGCUUAUAGGCUUUUUCUUGAUCGCGGUCCAGUCUGGUGAGAUGCAUAUUUUUGGCCAGUCAACUGAAGCCCCUACUUUCAACUCAAUCACUUCUGUAGGCAGCAUAUCUGCAGGGGGCAUUUCUAGUGCAACUAGCACUGCUGGUGUAAAGGGUGCAGGAGUUGGCAACUAUUCCAGAGGCCAUCAGAAUGCACUUAGUCACCACUACCAUAAUCACAGAAACCAUCAUUAUCAACAUUCUCUCUCACAAACUGGCAAUCGGACCCAACAGCAUUUGCGCAUACCCUUUGUACACAAUUAUCUUUCCGGUCAGCCUCGUCUUGGAACUGGGAGUAAACCAAAUUCUGAUGUCCCAAUCAGCCUUGGUAUUCAAUCUCACGUUCCUUUGUCUAUAGGUCUCAACUGCAAUACGGAUUUUAAAAGCAAUCUUUCUACUUGGCCUCAAGCUGAAAGUCCUAGUAGCCUGCCUACUGGCUCCUUGAAUCACCCCGCAACCUCAUCAGAACACUUAGUUUCUAUUUCUCCUGUCAUCGGUCACUCUAUCGCUUCAUCCAUUCAUCUCGCCGCAGACGGAUCCAUUCCUAUUGCUCACGAAGAUCUUGAUAAAGAUGAGGAACGCGUGCCAUCAAUUUCAUCCAUCGCCGAGACUGCUGAGGCAGCAUCCAGAUUGCCUACUUCGACCAACGAUCUGCCAUUAUAUUCCAGUGAUCCAUCGACACCAAAUGAGGUUCCGCCUGUUGCUCAUUAUCCUGUCUUCCAUUGUCCAUCUCGGAUUACUCCUCGAGUUACUCCUAGUUCUGGUUUACAUGCCGACUGUCGGGACCUUGAUCGAUUGAUAGCCAACCUCGAAUCAACUGUACAUUGUAAUUUAUCACAACAGUUAGAUGUCUCGCCAGCAAGAAGCUCUGAAUGUAAUUUACUCGAAUCUCAAGACAUCGACCAGUAUAGCCGAAAUAUCGAAAUCGAUGCUAUUAGCGAGUUUGACGGUGUAAAUAUUCCCUCUGCAAUUUCUCGUACUGAUGUAAUAAAUGCAUACAUAAUGCCCCAUCAUACUCCGAUCGAGUCGGGGGAUAACCAGAGCUUAUAUGAUCUCCCACUUGAAUCAGCUCUUUCUGACCCUUCUUUUAAGAGUCAUUUAGUUGCUGUUUCUUGUCCUUAUUCAGGAAAGCCUCCCGAGCUUACUCAACCUUCUCUUGAAACUAGCAUUGGUUCUUCUAACGAUACUCGCUCUGUAUAUAUACAUACAACAUCAACAACAAAGACCCAUCAUCCAUCAGAACAGUUAGUAUUUAAGCAUUCCUCCGAUAGACCGCCAAUCCUCAGUCUUUCCCCUAUCUCUGUUCAUCGUCGCAUUUCCUCUCUCGGCCCGAAUUCAUCUGUCGGUCGAUCAAUUUCUCCUGAAUCGACGUGUAAUCCUUAUUCAGCUAUUCCUCAUAAAUCGAUUCCUGUGAAAUGCAUGCCAGCCAGUUUGCUUGGUGAAGAAUUCGAACCCACUGUAGCACAUUUUUUUGCCCCUACUCAAUCUUCUUUGGCAUUUUCUUCGUCUUCACCGGCUCCUCCCAAGGUAUCUUCUGCAUCCUCCACAUCCUCUUUCAACCCUCAUUCGUCCGAAAAGUUUAUAGAUCCAUUAGAUAAGUCAGCUACAAUAGCGCGUACAUCUAGUCCUUCGAGCUUUUGUGUGACAAGGCGAGCUCAUCUCGCUUCUCUUGAUCUAAUCGAUUUGACCGAGCGUUUAUCCUUUACUUCUGGCACCAAGAAAGGCCUCCACCCUGAAUCAUCAUUCCUUGGGCAGAGUAUUCGCUCCACUGUCUCACCUUGCUCUACAUCGAAUUCGCGAGUUGAUCCCGAUGAUCUUCGUCCGAUCUCUGGUUCGAUUCCGAUAAGCCCUCGAUCUGAUCGACUUGUGUCGCUGGCCUCCUGGGAAGUGUCAUCGAAUCACAAUAGCCUCCAAUCCUCAGCCCCUAUUCGUACUCAUUCGCCCUCUAUUCCUCAAGGAAACAAUAUUACUGCCGCCAAUUCAACAACACCGACUACUAUCACUUCGUCGGCAACAAUCGUUUUGGUGACACAAGGGCAGACUGGACAUCACUCGGAGGCCUUGUGCUCAUCAUCGUCUGGAAUUUGCACUUCCACUUAUCGGACACAUCUUUCCUGUCCACAUACUGUCUUGAGCGGUUCUCUUCUGCAUGGUCAUAGUUUACAUAAAAAAGAGGAUGAAUUUGAUUCAACUGGGUUAAUAGCCUAG